AUGAGUGAUGAAAAUGCAAGUCUUCCAAUUCUCAUUAUAUUUCUAGGUGCCGAUAUGAUAAGAAUUCUGAACAACCGAAUCUCCGAACAAAACAUUUCUUUAGAAAAAGGAAUGAAAUUAAAACAAGAUCUUAUCUCUCGGCUUUAUUCCUACGCCCUUAUCGAAGAGCUGUUUAAACCUCAAAAGCUUUUUAGCAUAAAGCGAACUAAAGAGUUUUUUGAAGGACUUUUCAAAACCUCUCCACUGCGGCCACGUAACGGGAUAGACAAGCUCUUUAAAAUGAUGAUUAUGAACCUUAAGCUGCAUUUAUUAACCUUAAUAUACCCAGAAGAGCUUUUUGCUAUUACCUUGAAAUCAAUAGAAGACUUAAAAAUGCUAGUGCCAGGGACUGAGGAAGAAAAUUUGAUAAAAAAUGCCAAGGAAAUCGCUAUGGACACUUAUCAUCUUUAUCACGCUGCUGGCUAUAACAGAAUUAAGCAAAGCUUAUGUCUGUAUAUUCAAAACAAAUCUAUUAAAAUUGCAAAUUUUUUGCAAGACGGAAGCCAAUCUUUAGAUGGGUCAUUUAAAUUUGAAGGCUCACAAGCACCUCCAUGCUCAGAAAUUCCAGGAAAAAUUACAAAAUAUGGGCAAAAUGGAGAAAUUGAAAGGACAAGAUAUGUGGAAUUGGCCUUGACGAGCCGAUAUAAAAAACAUAAAUUGUUUUCAAGGAGGCCAGGAGUGUCUGUAAUAAAAGAAGAAGCAAAAGAAGAAAAUAAAGAAAUGGGGAUUAAGCUGAGGACUGAUAUAGCGAAAUGGGAACUAAAUCAUUUAGCCUCAAUGGUUGCUGAAAAAGAUGGCGAAAAUCAGACAAUCCCUGUGAUUGGAUUUCCUGAAGGGAGCAGCUCACCUAUAAAGGUCGUAGAAGAAAGAAAAAUCAAAGAAGAAAAAUCAGUGAUCGAUAACUCAAAAAUAAACAAAUUUAUUGCAGAAAUAGGUGGAGAGCUAGAGCCGGCAGAAAAUACAGUUGAAGAUGUAUUUGAGCUGAUUGAAUAA